AUGACGGUGGAGUUGAGUCCCCUGUCCGAUGACGAGGAAGGCCGCUCAGAGGACGAGGACUCGACCUUCCACAGGGAAAUUAUCUUACAGGACAACUAUAGUGAUGCUGAUGCCAGCGAUAUUCCGCUGGACGCGGACGAGACGAAUUCCAACCACUCGCACACGGCCGUGGAAGAAGCAUCCCCCAAAGGGGAGACAACGGCGGAAUCUAAUAACCACGGGCCAGAACGUCGAGUGAAGUUUGCAAACGAUGUCAUUACUAAGUCAGAAUCGGUGGAGAAGCUGCCAGGCAGUGUGCCCACUCCCGGGAGCAUUGGCUUACACAUUGUCACGAAUUACAAGGAUUCAGCGGCGGCUCAGCCGGCCCAGGAGUCUGCAAACAUCGGCCUGCUCAGCUUCUUGCCCAGCAGCAUCAUCGGGAAUGCAGUAGAAAUGUCUAAGUACCUAUCGGAGUACGUCGCGGCGCACCCGGCACUGGAAGACAAACUGCGACACAUACCAGACGCAGACAAAAGGAAGGAGCUCGGGGAGGAAAUAUUCCCCGAAUCAACGCUUACUAACAAGUUCAGAACGCUUGAUACGACCCAGGUGGCCAUAGAGGAGGCAGCUUCGUUGGCGGCGAAGUACCCAUACCCGCCGGGGGCGCUAAUGCAGCUAAUGCACGACGUUUUCGUGUCAAUACCUACAAACGCGGCGGUAACGAGACUGGGGAUAUUCUAUGUCUACAACCAUCUCAUACACAAAUUCGGAAAAGCGUGGACCCACCCGAUAUCGUUCCUGGAAACGGGGCUCAAGAGGUUCUGCAUACCGGCCAUCACCCAUUCAAAUCGCAUCAAGUGCAGCAACUCAGUGCACAUCAUCACGUGUAUCAAUGUCUGGCGCCAGAGGCACAUCUAUGACGCGGGUACAUGCGACUAUCUUGAGGCAUUAGUCACAAGCACUGACCCCAAGUCGUCAAUGAUAGAAAUGCAAACCGACACCAACACAUACACCGUUAACAGUGAGGUGGGCGGAGUGAAUACACUAAGGCAUCUUUUCAACAUGCCGCUUGUGGAUGACAGUUACAAGGCAGCUAUCGACGGCAUAAACGCAGACGACAUAGCCGACGCGGAUGCGCCUAUGCACAACCAAGCACUGGUAGACGCGUCAGAUCGCGGUAAAUAUGAAGCGUUUGACUACUCGAGCCGACUAACGGGCCAGGAGCUGAUCCUGCUGCACAGCAGCUCUCUCGACCUUGCAGCACUUAUAGAGGAGGGAAACAAACAGUUCGAAAUUCUACAAAACGAGAUCGCCGAACUAGAAGCGCAGAUCAAAGACGAGUGA